AUGAGCGUAUUUUCGGCUGGUCAAGUUAAAUCUACAAUAAUUACCAUUUUUCAUUACGUGACCGGAAGUUGUCGUAUUGCCUUUCUUAUGGGAGCCGGAGAUGUUCUAAUGCAACAUUAUAAUGGUGCCAAAGAAAUCAAGCAUAUAAAUUGGAAGCGUUCUGCAAAAUUUGCUACAAUUGGUUUGUGUUUUAUGGGCCCCAUUUUAACGUAUUGGAAAAGUUUGGUUAGUAUCAUUGUUAAUGCUAGUCACAGUCAUACUACGCGAACUUUAAAACAACUAUUUUGUGAUCAAAUUUAUUUGGCGCCCUGUAUUAAUUUGGGUAUUAUUACAAUGUCAAGUGUAUUGGAAAAUGAGUCUGUGGUGGAACUUGAAAAGCAUAUAAGUGAAUAUUUUCCGUAUAUAAUUAAACGUCAUUAUAUGUUGUGGCCUGGUGUACAAUUCUUUGGUAGUCUAUGUAUACAGCCGACACUACAAAUUGGUUUUGCUAACUUAUUUGCUGUACUUUGGUAUGCCUAUUUAUCGGGAAUUUUACAUAAAGAUGAAGUGCUGCAAAAACCGAAUAAUAAAUUGGAAAAAUUGAUUGUUGAAUAA